AAACGCUUAUCGCGUUACUUAAUUUUUAGAGCAAAGGGAAAAAUUCUACUGAUAUUCUCAGUGCAUCUUUUACGGAGCGAUGAGUCGGUGAAAGAGUUUUUAUAAACAGGUUGUGUUUUCCUAUACAGAGGUGACCUUCGUGUUGUUUUGACAUACACACCUUUUUUUUCUUCGUUAGUAAUUUCGAUUCUGCAAAGAUGGCAAAAAUAACGCAGAGAUCAGAUUCCGCGGAUAUAAGUGAUCUGGAGGACAUCGAGCCUCCCUUUGACACUUACUUGAGAGGAAAAUACAAAAAGAGUUUUGCAUACGCAACGAUUAAAGAUCGACUUCCAGUAAUAUUAACCAAAGUUAUAGACACAUUAAGUAGGAACAAAGACGAAAUUUUUAAAACCCAUGGAGCGCAAGCUGUAGAAGAAAUAAAACAAGUUGUCGGAGGUAUUAGUAAAUUGAAAAAUGAAUUGGUGACGAACAAAGCGAUUCUCCCCCUGAUCGUUAUGUCAAACAGAGAUAAUGACGAUGCACAAAUAUGGAAUGAUAAAAUUGAAAAACUCACGGAAGAACGACAAGAAACGCAAUUGUGGUUCAAUACUAUAUGGCUUAUUUGUGAGUGUUACAUGUACCGGAGGAUAGCUCAAGAGUUUUUCCUUACAGAACACUUGAAAGCGUAUGAUCCUUUUUCCAUUCAGAAGGAAGAAAGUUUUUUCAAGGCAAAAGGAAGUUUCAGUCAUUUAUCAAAAUACGUUCUGAAUCUAAUUGACACAAAAAACGAUCACAACAUAGCAGAGCAGGAGAAAUUUCUUAUAAAUUUGAUCAAAUUAAAUUUGUGGGGCAACAAAUGUGAUUUAUCAUUAUCUACCGGAAACGUUGAUUCUCAAAAUGAUAAUCCAUUAAACUUGUUAGAAUCUUUAGAUAGCGACAUUCUUAUCGACAAUAGCAACGAAGUUUGGAGACUUCUCUGUAAAAACGUGCAGUGCAAAACUAACAACAACUCAAUUGUAGAUAUAGUCUUGGAUAAUGCAGGCUAUGAACUGUUUACUGAUUUGUGUCUAGCGAUAUUUCUUAUGGAAAAUAAAUUGGCAAAUAAAAUAAGAUUUUAUGUCAAACGAUAUCCAUGGUUCGUUAGUGAUGUUACAACUUGUGAUUUUCACUGGCUGGUUGAAAUGAUAAAAACAUCAGAUGAUGAAAAUAUUCAAAGAUUUGGUCAAGUUUGUGAUAAGUAUUUAAAAGAUAAAUCGUGGACCAUUGAGGAAGAGUCAUUUUGGACAGAACCAUUUGAUUAUUCGGAAAUGAAAAGCUCAAAUCCAUCUCUCUAUAACAAGCUAUCCGAGGCAGUUUUAGUUAUAUUCAAAGGUGAUCUAAAUUAUAGAAAACUUAUGGGUGAUGUGAAUUGGAAAUACACAACAGACUUUUGUGAAGCUCUGAGAGGAUUUAGACCUACAAAUUUAUUGAGUUUGAGGACUGUAAAAGCUGAUGUUUGCGUAGGAUUGCCUGCAGGAAAAGCAGAGGAAUUGAAAAAAGAAAUCCCGAAUUGGAUGGAGAUUGGAAAAUUUGGUCUGAUACAAGCUUCCAUUGAAAUACAGUGAAUCAGAAGACUGUUAUUUUUUAUUGUUGGCUAUACUUUUUAUUUACAUAAAGUAUACGUAUAAAUAAUUAAGUUUUCACAUAGAACGAUUUUUCAAGUUGUGAUAAAAUGUGAAAACUAAUAAAUGCCAAAGUGCGGACAAACAAAUUGUAUU